AUGGUCGCCCUCGGCUUCUCGACUGCCGUGGCCAUCCUCGCCGCGCUCGCGACGGGCGCCAACGCCCAGACCUUCCGCCGUACCGCGGCGUGCCCCAAGCUCGGCUGUGUCUUCCCUCCCGACCAGGCCGACUUCAUCGCCGGCCAGACCUUUGACAUCCGUAUCGAGGUCCAGGCGCCCGUCAACGGCUCCGAGGCUUACAACGGCGGUGUGCCCGACCCUUCGUUCACCUUCCAGCUCUCGCACGACGGUGGCGACCUCGUCGACGUGACCAAGUUCUUCUCGGUCGAGGACCCCGCUGUUGACAAGUACAACUUCACCUACUACGAGGACCUGUUCGCGCAGGACAACAAGGCGCCCACGCCCGUCAACGUUCUCUCCAAGUCGUUCCGCAACGUCCAGCUCCACAAGCCCGGCCAGUACAAGGCCGUGCUCUCGUACAACAAUGGCCAGAAGACCGAGGCCAACUGGGAGGUCCUCGAGUUCUGCGAGGCCAAGGCCAAGAACGUCAUCUUCUUCGUCGGUGACGGCAUGGCCACGUCCAUGAUCUCGGCUGCCCGUCUCCUCGCCCACAAGACGGUCAACGGCAAGUACAAGUCCAAGCUCAAGCUCGACGAGGCCCCCGCCUACGGUGCCCAGAUGACCCACUCGCUCGACUCGUUCAUCACCGACUCGGCCAACUCGGCCUCGGCCCUCUUCACCGGCAAGAAGAUGACUGUCAACGGCCUCAACGCUUACACCGACUCGACCGGCAAGGCCUUCGCCAACGCCAAGGUCGAGACCAUCUUCGAGAUGUACCGCCGUAUCACCGGUGGCCAGGUCGGCAUCGUCUCCAAGGCGUACAUUGCCGACGCUACCCCCGCCGCUGUCGUCACCCACACUUCGCAGCGUUCGCAGUACACCUCCAUCAUUGAGCAGUACCUCGUCGGUAUCACCGGCAACUACUCGUGGUACCCCUGGCAGGGUGUUGACCUCCUCUUCGGCGGUGGUGCCGAGAACUUCCUCCCCGGCCCCGGCAACGGCAACAUCUCGCAGUUCGACCGCUGGGCCAAGGCUGGCUACCAGGUCGGCUACACCAAGACUCAGCUCAACGCCUUCAACAACGACGACCGUGCCCUCGCCAUCUUCACCCGCGGCAACAUCUCGACCUGGCUCGACCAGAACGUCUACAAGAAGACGCUCGACCUCGCCGUCACCCCCGACGGCAAGGCCGGUGCCUACGACCAGCCCGGCCUCAAGGACAUGACCAUCAAGGCCAUCGACAUCCUCUCGCAGCGUGCCAAGAAGCGCGGCACCGGCUGGUCGCUCAUGUCGGAGGCUGCCCUCAUCGACAAGGAGAUGCACGUGCAGGACGUUGACCGCGCCCUCGGUGAUCUCCUCGAGCUUGACGACACUGUCCGCGCUACUCUCGAGCACCUCGAGAAGAUUGGCGAGCUCGACGAGACCCUUGUUGUUGUCACCGCCGACCACGGCCACGGCUUCGACGUCUACGGCUCGGCCGACACCAAGUUCCUCAAGGAGCAGAACUCGGACCGCAAGAAGCGCAACGCCGUCGGCGUGUACCAGAACUCGGGUCUCUCGGCCUACACUGUGCCCCAGGGCGUCAGCCCCACCGUGCACGACGAGUACGCCGGCCCCCAGGGCGAGGGCUUCCCCGUCACCUGGGACCCCCGCUACGCCAUUGCCCACGGCUGGGCCGCCUUCCCCGACAAGCGCGAGGACUUUGCCAUCAACGUCGACCACGAGCGUGUCCCCGCCACCAAGAACGCCAGCGGCUACUUCUUCAACCCCACCGACAACCUCGAUGGCUUUGCCAUGACCGGCAACCUUGACGUCUCCGAGGGCCAGGGCGUUCACUCGCUCGUCGACGUCCCCAUCUACGCCUGGGGCCCCGGCCACGAGCUCUUCCGCGGUGUCAUGGGCAACGUUGACAUUGCCUUCCGUGUCGCUGAGGCUCUCGGCCUCGGCAAGGACUACAACGCCACCAAGCCUUACACCAAGUAAGGUUGCAGAGUGACACGUUUUGGACCUAUUUAUUAUAACUUGGGACAUUGGAGAUAGAGACCGACAGGCAAUAGAGUGAUAUUCUAAUGAAGCCAUUCAUUGUG